AUGGGAAAGCCACGUGAAGCAGUACUGGGUCGUGUAUUAAUGCAUCAGAUACGCGCUAUUACGCCCGCUCAACUGCGACUCGGCUUAGCUGGGCAAGCAUAUUCAGCAGCUGUACUGCGGGCAAUCGGUCAUCUUGCGGCUGAGGAGUGUCGACCUGCCCCUGGUGACCAAAAGCUUCCUGAUUUAGAAGCCUGUCUUGUGGAGCACAUUUCUACCCUCAUUUUCCGAGUAGGCAGUUUUGAGCAUUCUGGUUUAUUCUUAUUGACAACACCAGAAGGCUCUAUUUAUUACUAUCCGAAAAACUGCCCAAUAUAG